AUGAAGUCCUUCAAAUUGGCUCUCACAGUUACCGCUGUCUGCGGUUUCCUCGUGUCGGCCGCUCCGGCGGCUGUGUGUGAGGAUGGACUCGUCUCAAUCGAGGGAGGUUCCCAGCAUGCGGCCAGAUGUGUUCCCAUCCAGGCCUUCCGUCAGGUGUCCGUGAGGGAAGACAAUGAGGAGGCGAAUGUCAUCGAGCCCCGCGGUGGCCACAAGGACGAUCACGACGACGAGUGCAGAGAUCACAAGGACAGGGAUGACUGCAAGCGCCGCAAGAAGGACAAGCACAGGAAGAAGAAGGGCAAGAAGGGGAGGAAGGGCAAGAAGGGCAAGAAGGAGAAGUGCGAGAAGGAGCCCAAGCAUCCCGAUUGCCGCGACGAGCACGACCGCGAUCACGACCGCGAUCACGAUCGUGAUCACGAUGACCACAAGCAUGAUGACUGCCACGAGGACUCCAAGGAGGAAAGGUGCAGGCACCGCAAUGAACACCACGACGACCGCCACGGUGACCGCCAUGGAGACCGUAAGGGCGAUCGCCACGGUCAUCGCAAGGGUGGCCGCAAGGGCCAUCACGAGGGUCACCACGAUGGCCACCACGAGGGCGAUCACAAGGGUGACCACCAUGGUGAAGAUUGCCCAGAGGAGUUCAGGGGCAGACCUGAAUGCCCUUGGUUCAAAAAGCACGAUGAGUGCGAAAGAGAGCCACACCACCCUCACUGCAAGAAGGAUAAGAAGGAGCACUGA